CUCGCAAGAGCUAAGGUCGGUUUGUCGCAGAGCCCACUUUCACAUGCCGACAGUCAUAGCUCGGGGAGCGGAGAAGGGAGAGUCAGCGAAUCCUUGCCGCACCUCCUCCUCGCCUACAGAGUACAUCAUCCCAUAUCACCAUCAAGCUUGCAAGCUAUUAAGAGCUCUUUAAGCUGUCCUCUUCCAGCCCAGAACAGAUUCAUCAGUCUCUCAGCAGAAACUCUGAAUGGAUGGUUCUGCAUCCCAAAGCGGGAGCGGAUUUCGAUCCCGCCGCUCAUAUCCCUCGCUAAAUCAUGUUUCGCUCGCACCAUUGACAAAUCGGUUCCCCAUCGACGACGACACAGAGCCAGAGGACUAUUUCUCACCACGAGAUGAGCGACCUGCCGACACAACGACCCGGACAUCCUAUCUCUCAAGCUUUUCCGUCCCAGGCACCCCGGGCGUUCUCUCGUAUUCCCGCAGCGGAUCCCGAGUCCGUCUGCACUCCCGAAGCAAGAGCUCAAGUCGUAUCCAUCGCAGCGACAGCAGCCUGCAGAGCCAGGACGACGCACAACCCCUGCACCAUCACCAACAUGCACACGGAUCCAAGAAGAAGCACACAUCCUCGUCGCGGCAUCAGCCGUCCGAGUCAGCCGGACGCCGCGAUGCAGAAUGGAUGCUUCGGGCCGGGAUCGCGCUCGCUUCGUCCACGCGAGAGGAAAAAGGACAGAGCUGGCUCGUGAAGCGCGAGAGUUCGACCAGUCUCGUUUCGGAAACAAAUCUCGACAGCCCGGUUCUGGCCCGCCGGCCGAGAUCCGGGAGGUCUACGCCGGCCGCGCAUUCGAGAUGGGGAUCCCGUGCGGCAAGUCGAAGGAACAGCAGACCCGAUCUGGCUAUGACGAGCCUCGAUACGCUGGCCACUAGAUCAGGAUCGAAUGCUCAUGACUCGGCCGGUCACGACGAGGAGACACGCCAUUUCGUCCCUGACUUUGUGGAUGAGCGUAUCCGUGCCGAGAUGGCAUCCAUCCAGCAAUUUGAGGACGGGUAUGCCUCGGCCUCGGACGAGGAGUCCGACUCGGAGGACGAGAUCGACGAGCAGGAACUGCAGCGUUUGACUCGGGAGCGAGGAUUCGGUCUGGGCAGUUGGAUCGAUCGGAUGGUCGAGUGGACACUAUUCGGUGUCGAGGAUCUACCUCUUUCUGCAAAUGUCCAGUCCGCCCAGCCAGCAAAGCAUUCCGACGCAUCCCCAGACGACAAUAAUGCCCGCGAUGAUCACUCUUCUGCGGCUGAAUUGACCGACGACAACGCUAGCGUGUCGGCUGACGAAUCUAUAGCUUCGACCGUGGUAGAGAAGCCAGGGGAGAAUGGAGGCUGGGAGGAUGCAGGGUGGUUUCUCCGUGUCAUGAAGCGUGCACUAUCAUGAGUCUUACAAAGCGCCAUUUCCACAUUGUGCAAUUUUUGUCAUGCAUUGCUUCUUUUUCUCAACUCGAGCAUCACGCAUAAUUCUCGAGAAUAUGACUACAAACUUGGCUUCUAGAUAAUCUGGAGUACCCUCGUUUACUUUUAACAUUGAUCCGCACUCAUCUAAACCAAUAAUCAACCAAGAUUCUGCAGAUUCAUUCUGAAUAAAUACAUGGCUAAUAUUACAACCUCUCCACGGUCAUUUCCGUUCU